AUGGAGAACCCACCAACCCAUGAGCGGCCCGGGUCGACGAGCUGUAUCGAAUGUCGUCGUCGGAAAGUGAAGUGCGUCUUUGACGACGACAAGGCUGAGUGUCAGCAGUGCAGCAGACACUCCCUCACCUGCCAGCCGCAGAAUGAAGACUCAUCUUCAGAAGCCAAAAAUGAGAUCCUCCAAGAGUUCUCGCUUCUUUCCAGAAAAGUUCAGUCACAAAUGAUUCAUAUGGAGACUGCAAUCGAGUUCUUGGCUCGCAGAUUUGACGCGCAACCCAGCAAACGAGUUGAGUCUAGAAGUGAGCCAAGCUACCGCUCUGUGAGCAAGCUAUAUGAGGUUGGUAUCACUUUGGAGGCUCUCAAGGUCAUGAUGACUGAAGGGCUCGUACCCGACACGUCGGUUCUGUCCCGGAUUCUCAAACAUAGCAACAGGCUCACCCAGAAUUGGGCGAGCUGGCCUCUAGCAACGGUGUCAUACCAACAGCAAGACGACGACGACUCCCCUGUCGAAACAGUUAUCUUGUUUGACGCUGGAUUUCCAACAAACGAGAAUUCAGCUUUCACCUUCAUUGACAAGUCAUUGUCCCCAAACCGCCAGAAACCACCAGACCCUGGCGCUGUCGCAAAAUGCAUCGUGUGGCUCUGCCUUUCUUUCAAGGAGAUACCAAUGAAGUUCAAAUACGCCGACAAUCGAGCACCACCACCUUUUGAACCAAACCUACUCAUUGAUGACUGUAUCUCCAAAGUUGAGGCUCUGUACCGAAUCAGCUCAACACCUGUCUGCAACAUCGACUUUGUCCAGGCCCUGCUCCUCCAAGGCGAGCUGUUCCUCUCCAUAGGUCGCCCGACCAAGGCAUGGAAGUGUAUUAGGACUGGUAUUGAGAACGCCAUGCUGCUGGGAGUACACCAGGGCCGGUCUAGCCUGGAUCGAUGUAUUUGGGAAGAGUUAUGGAUUCGAGACCGACAGCUGUCGCUCUUCCUUGGAAUGCCCCAUGCAGUCCCCGCGCAAUUGGGGCCCAGGGUUGUAGUGGAAGAGUACCCCCUCGCUGAAAAGGAAGCUAUCCGCCAGAUAGCCAUGCUAUCGGGUCUUCUUACAAGCCAAAUCCUAAUGGGAGAAGACGCUACUGGGGCAACGAUCAUGCGAACGCUCGAAGAGAUGAAGGAGCUGAAAGCAAUGAUUCCGGAGCAUUGGACGAAGGGACACCCGAGAUAUGUCCCUUAUCUCCCGCAGGCCUUCACUCGCGCCAGUAUCAACAUCCUCUACCACACAUUUGAGCUCAUGCUGAACUGGCCCAAAUGGCAACAGUCAAUCAUGAAUCCUGGUAAUGUCGGCGACUUUGACGCUUCAAGGAAGGCGAUCCUAGCCUCAGCACAGGAGAUCAUAAAGGCGCAGGAAGCCAUGAGAGCCCCAGAAGCCGAGCCGGAAACGGUGAUGAGGGCUGACUUUGUGGAUUUCCUUGCUUUCAAGGCUGCGCUUGCGAUGAUAGCUGUCAUCAAACACAGGGCCAACCCCGUGCCGGAGGAAGAGAGCAAACCUCUCUGGAAGAUGGUAGAUGAGCUGGGAGACAGAUUCCAGGAGACGACCAAGGUCUAUGACGACCUAUUUGCCAAGCAGGCUUGCCUCGUUCUCAAGAUUCUGUUUUGCGCAAGCGAAGGGGACUAUAUCUGGAGUGGAACGUAUGAGGCAGUCAUCCCCUACUUUGGGAAACUCGAGAUCAGUAAAGUCAUCGUCUUAAGGGACUGUGCUAAACAGUGCCAGAAGGAGAACGAAACCAAGAUAGCUGUCGUGAUGGAGUCAGACAAUGUCGUUUUUGGACCGCGGUAUGAUGGUGUCCCGGAGCUGGAACUCGCAGCGGACUGGACUAAGUUGGGACAUCCCAAGGUCUAUGGAUGGAGAUCAUCUUUCGACUUUGACUGUUGGACUCAAGAAGGGUUUUAG